UAGAGACGAACGAAAUGUCACUAAGUAUUUUGCUCGAUGUGCUAAAGAAAGGCAAUGAAACUAACCGUCGUCAUGUCCACAUUCUUUUGCUAUAUUUCAUAUCUUGUAUUUAUAUUCCUUUGCAGAUCCUGAAACUUUCCGAGUGUAAACGCAUCAAUUUUAAAACGUUUUGUAUUUUAUCAGCUCUUUCUGAGAAGGUCACUCAAUUAGAACCGUUUAUCCAAAACCUGGUUGACAGGUCCAAUUACACAGCCUUCGACAUUAAACUGAAACGAAGCAAGGAACUGUUCCAGCUGCUCCAGACCGACACAUUGUUACCAAGUGACGUCACAACUACAAUGGCGUUGUACAUUGAACUGGCUGCUGGUCGACUGAGCACAACGGAUUCAGCCACCAUUCUCAGCAAACUCAGCCGUCCAUCAGCGGGUUACAUUCAUUUCCUCGAUUACCUGAUGUACAUCCCAUUUUUCAUAAAAGUUCACCAGACAAUUAUCGACAAUCCAUUAUACGAUUUUACACAGAUGAGCGCCACAACAUCAAAAGAGGGAAAUCAAGGAGGAAACAGAAAGUAACAUAUAUAUAAACAU